GAAAAGUUGUUCCGUCACAGGCUUUUCUCCCCCCGCACCCAGCCCAGUCCAGUCCAGCGGCGCCGCGGGGGAGAGGGAGAGGGAGGGAUCGCCGGAGGGAGGGAAGGAGGGGAUGGCGGCGGCGGCGAGCUUCGGGCUGAUGGACAAGGCCUACUUCGUGGGGCGGGGCGAGAUCCUCAGCUGGGUCAAUGCCACGCUGCAGCUCUCCCUCAACAAGGUCGAGGAGGCGGCGUCGGGGGCGGUGCAGUGCCAGCUGCUGGACAUGGUUCACCCUGGGUCGGUGCCGAUGCACAAGGUGAAUUUCGAUGCCAAGACGGAGUACGACAUGAUCCAGAACUACAAGAUUCUCCAGGAUGUCUUCAACAAGCUGCGGAUAGGCAAGAAUAUUGAGGUCAACAAACUUGUUAAAGGGCGGCCAUUGGACAACUUGGAGUUUCUGCAAUGGCUGAAAAGAUAUUGUGAUUCUGUAAAUGGUGGAAUCAUGAAUGAAAACUACAAUCCUGUAGAAAGGAGGUCCAAGGGUUGCAAAGAGCGCACCCACAAGGGUCCCAACAAGUCAUCCAAAUCACUUCAAGCCAACAGAUUAUCUAGUGCUAACUCAGCAGAUGGAGGUGCCCUGAAUUCUAAUACUGAUCUUGCUUCUCCAGUUGGAAAAGUCUGUAAUGCUGUUAAUGAAGAGCAUUACAUGGAGCAGAUUCAACAAUUAUCUGAGAAGAUUGCAGAUCUGAAGGUUGCUGUGGACAACACUGAGAAAGAAAGAGAUUUCUACUUCUCAAAGCUGCGUGACAUCGAGAUAUUAUGUCAAAGACCUGAGUUGGAGCAUCUACCGAUGACCAAAGGGAUAAGGAAGAUACUCUAUGCGGCUGAUGCGAAGGAUUCAUCAUUACCUGAGGCUAAUGAAAUAAUCACCAGGUCACCAGGCAUGUUCUCAGAUGAAGCAGAGUGACAUGACAAGUGCCACGGGAUGCAUCGUACCCUCCAAAACCUUUAGUGGAGAACUUUGUGGUUCUCCUACUAUCAAUCUGAGUAGCUCGUAAUGUGUAAAUUAGUAGAAAAUAACACUUGGCAUGGGGAACUGCUCAUGGCCAGUCACCUGCAACUGUCUUCUGUUGUGGCACGGCUUAUCGAAAGACAAAUUUUCCUCAAGUAAGAACACGUGGCUAGUUAUGAUGCACAUUCAUGGAUAACUCCACUCCUGUCCCCAAUCCCCAGAGAUUUGUUACUACACUGAUUUUUGACAGCUCUUUACUUCUUUUCCUUCA